UCAUUUCUAUUUCUACAACAGCUUAGUGCUUACCCUUGCUCACUUUGAUCAAGCAGUGGCUAAGUCAAGACGGGAUAUUUGAACCAUUCCAGCUGGAGAGGACACCAUGGAUCAGACCUCCAUUCAGCAGUUUGCUGCUAGGCAGGUUUCUGUGCUGACAUGCAAAGCCACUGGGACAAACGCUACGCGAGUAUUGCCAGGCAAGGGACGUAGACACGGCGCCCAGGGCAGACCGGCUCUGCAGGACAUCACCAAUUUCGAGACCAUCACCAAGACCAAGCUUCUCGAGCCAGUCAAGCCUUCUGGCUCCCGUGUUGUGCCAGAGUCAGUGAAGGCAUGCUUUGAAGACAUCGCUCCUGACAAGCCUGGCGACAAUGAUAAGACUGUGAGCAAGGCCAACCCCAGUACCUCUUGUGAGGUGAUGCCUUCCUCUCUCCACGAUCUUCUGCCACCUGACGGUGAUCUUGGAGAAAGCUCUGCGAUACUCACUAAACCGGAGGCUGCUGUACCGAGUGAAGCUCCUAGAGCCUGCUGUUCAGUGUCCCCUGUUGAAGAAAAUGCAGCAGAUACAUCUAGCAAUUGUAUGAGCUUCACGACUGAAGCCAUUGUGGACGGUAGUACAUGCGAUGUAGAGAUAGACAUGCCAUCCGACGUCGAGUCUCCUGAUCAGCAAAUGAAGUCCGACGAUACCUUUCAGGAUUCAUCCUGGGAGGCAGACACUGACCAAGACUGGAUGGACAUGUUCUCCGAUAUCGACAUGAGUGACUGCUCCAGUGUCCUGCUUGCUGAUGAUGAAGUCAAGGACGACGCUGCACAAGGGUGCACAAGACAUGAUGCAAGAGACAAAGGCAAGGGACCUGAGGCUGCCACGUCCGAUUUGAACCCGCUCUGUGCUGGUGGAGAAAAACGAAAGGACGUACGCAAUGAUCAGGCGGGGAAAGGUGCACCUCCUAACGACGACAGAGAUAGUGUCACUAGGGGUGCAGAGAUAGACAUGCCAUCCGACGUCGAGUCUCCUGAUCAGCAAAUGAAGUCCGACGAUACCUUUCAGGAUUCAUCCUGGGAGGCAGACACUGACCAAGACUGGAUGGACAUGUUCUCCGAUAUCGACAUGAGUGACUGCUCCAGUGUCCUGCUUGCUGAUGAUGAAGUCAAGGACGACGCUGCACAAGGGUGCACAAGACAUGAUGCAAGAGACAAAGGCAAGGGACCUGAGGCUGCCACGUCCGAUUUGAACCCACUCUGUGCUGGUGGAGAAAAACGAAAGGACGAACGCAAUGAUCAGGCGGGGAAAGGUGCACCUCCUAACGACGACAGAGAUAGUGUCACUAGGGCUCACAGUGUCAAGUAUGUACCAGAAAAUCCGCAGAUGUGUUUGGAGUACUAUGACCAGAUCCUGACCAACAUGCGAACGGCAGAGAGCAAGCCCGAGUACGUUCUGAGCAGAAAGUUUCUGAAGCGCACCGAUGUCAGUAUGAUGAUGAGAGCAUUCCUCAUCAACUGGCUGGUGAAGGUUCAUUAUCGCUACGGCCUACUACAGGAGACACUGUUCAAAACAGUACAGUUGCUCGAUGCCGUCCUCGACAAAAUGCCCGUGACCGGUCGAAACCUGCAGCUGGCUGGAGUCACAUCCAUGCUUGUAGCUUCGAAGUACGAGGAGGUGCAGACUCCCGAGGUAGCUGACUUUGCUUACAUCACUGACUACGGCUGCAGUAGCGACGACAUCAUCAAGUUUGAACGCAGCCAACUGGCGGCUCUUGACAUGAGCAUAAUGCGGCCAUUCAGCUUGCAGUUCCUGAGAAUGUUCUCGUACGGAACAGACUCGAGCUCAGCCGAGCAUUGUGUGGCAAAGUACUUUACUGAGCUGGCGAUACUCUGCCCGACUGCGGCACGAUGGAGGCCGUCGUACGUUGCUGCCAGUAGCCUGUUUCUCGCCAAGUGGCUGCUUCAGGGAGCAAGCGAAGGAGAAGGUCAGUCGCGGCUGUGUGACUACACGCUGUACAGUACACUGGAGCUGAUGGAGGGCAGCACCGACUUGGCAUGGCUCUUGCACAACGUCCAGUGCUCGGCGGGAAAGCUCGACGCCAUUCCAGAGAAGUACUCGAAAUCUCCGUUCAAUGCAGUGUCAGCCUGGGAGACUGUCCAUGGCCCGCUUUUCCAGAGCAUCGUGCGGAUGUCAGGCCAGUCAACCCGGUGGAAGUUCCCCUAGGCUAAGCUCGGGGCUUCAGAUAUUGGCAUUAGGAUUCAAACUACCGACCAAUGACAAAUGAAUGUAAUGCAUCUGAUGACAACUUCACCAAUUCAAUGUUACUUAUCUUAUCAUAUUCACACGGUACUGCUUAGACUUGCACUGCACUUUGAUAUACAGACAUUUACAGAGAUACUGCAUAAAUCACUGCUGAUCUCAUGCAUACAUUGAUUUGAGUUUUUCACAAUGUGUGCUUUGAGCUGAAGACAAAAAAUGGUCCCGAGAAUUUGUUGGAUGCCACAAGCAAGGGAGUAUGGGUAUGGUUGCAUUAGAAUCAGCUUGAUUGCUCUGUCAGCUAGUGUGACUUUACCGUUUCUUCUGUUUUUUAGCAUGUUUGGCAGAAGUGAGGAAUUUGUCCUGCUCACAGCACUUGUUCAGAAAACAAGCAACUCAGAGUUACUAGUAGUACCAUGUUUGACUAAAAUCAACCGUGCGUUCUUAGAGCAUAAACUAGUAAACGGUGGAUUUGAGCACACGCAGCUUGAUAUGAAAGAGGUGCUGUCUUCAAUUGUGUGAAAUUUAGUGGCGAUGCACUUUGAUCGUGUGCGAUCGUUUCAACUCUGGUAUUGUUUUGCUACCCGCGCCCUUGUCUUUCAAAAUGCAGUGCACAUGAAGGUUA